ACUAAAUACAAUGGACUCCGUGCACGCGUUGACGUGGAUUGAGUCAAAACCAUCGAUGCUCAGCAGUCUACGCCUUUACCCGGGCUUACAUGGCGUCAUAUAAGUACUGGAACUUGGAGACCAAGUUCAAUCACAAGAAAUGACUUCUUUCAAUAUCUCUAUCCCCGAAUCAUCUCUCGCUCUGCUUAAAUCAAAACUAGAGUUAGCUCGACUCCCUGAUGAACUCGACGAAGCUGGAUGGGAUUACGGCGUGCCACUCUCGAACAUUCGAAGAUUGGUCUCGCGAUGGCUUGACGGAUACGAUUGGAGGAAGCAUGAGAAGGCUCUGAACGACGAGUUGCCCCAGUUCACGCGCGACAUCGAGGUGGAAGGGCAUGGCACACUCAAUAUUCACUAUGUUCAUAAGCGAAGCGCGGUGCAUAAUGCGAUCCCAUUGUUAUUUAUUCAUGGGUGGCCGGGAAGUUUCAUCGAAAUCAGGAAGAUUUUGCCGCUUUUAACGCAGGUCAAACCCGAUGCUCCCUCUUUCCACGUGGUCGGUUUGGGCCUCCCCGGGUUUGGGUUUUCAAAAGGGACGAAGAAGAAAGGUUUUGGUCUGGAGAAACACGCAGAGGUCGGCCAUAAGCUGAUGCUCGCCCUCGGAUAUACCGAAUAUGUAACGCAGGGCGGAGAUUGGGGUACUGGUGUUGGCCACACAAUGGGCACACUGUAUGGAGGCUCUCACAUGAAGGCCUUCCACACCAACACGCCUUUCAUUUUGAAACCACCUACUGGAGUCGAUCCAUCUACAUACACAGCUGCCGAUCGAGAAGCCCUCAAGCAGGGGCAGUCAUUCGAACAAAGAGGGCAGGGUUACUUCCAAGAACAGUCCACUCAGCCGCAAACAUUAGGCUAUAGUCUAUCGGACUCUCCGGUUGGCCUCUUAGCAUGGAUUUACGAAAAACUAGUCAAUUGGACGGACGAAUAUCCUUGGGAAGAUGAUGAAGGUCACUCUGUCCCAUCCAUCGAGGGUGUGAUGACCUUAAUCUAACAUGACUGUCGUUCAGUUCUCACUUGGGUCUCAAUUUAUUGGUUCUCUCGUGCCGGUUGCGCAGCGUCGAUAAGCAUUUAUUACGAGACUUCUUCGGGCGUUGGAGUUUACAACAGACCCAAGCUACUCGACCUGAGUAUUCCCGUUGGUUACUCCAUCUUCCCAAAAGAAUUUGGGACUGUUCCGCAAUCGUGGAUCACGGAGAAAAACUUGGUCUUCGAGGUGAGACACGAAGGCGGUGGUCAUUUUGCCGCCCAUGAGAAGCCCUUGCAAUUGGUUGACGAUUUGAGGAAGAUGUUUGGGAAAGGAGGGCCGGCGUAUCAUGUUGUCAGUGGGAAGAACGGGUAUGCUUAGAGCAACACAAGACUCGACCUCUGCUGUAACAAAACCCACGACCAAUACACUUAUUUGCCAAAAUAGCG